AUGAUGGCUUCUCAGACGUCACCCACGGCGGCGAUGCAUCCGCAUCAUGUUGUCCAGCAGGGUCGAGGCCAACCCAAUGGCCAUGUUGCCUUGCAGCCUCCGCAUCCAGCAAAGCCAGCAUCGCACUACCUUCAGCAAGCAAACGAGGGCAUCUGGUUGCAGCUUGGAAGUGUCUCGGAGAUGAUGGGCGAGUACGAUAGCGCGACUCAGGCAUAUGAACGCGCCCUUAGCUUCAACAACCACUCAGUCCAGGCUAUGCUUGCUAUCUCAUGCAUCCUCCGUUCCAAGGAUCAAUUCCCAGCUGCUGUCGAGUAUCUUAAGCAGAUUCUCCGCAUCGAGGUUGCCAACGGAGAAGUCUGGAGCGCUCUUGGCCACUGCUAUCUUAUGAUGGACGACCUUCAACAAGCGUACUCGGCUUACCAGCAAGCUCUUUAUCACUUGCCUGACCCCAAGCUCUGGUACGGCAUCGGUAUCCUCUACGAUCGCUAUGGCUCGCUCGAACACGCCGAGGAAGCCUUCUCCCAAGUCAUGCGCAUGGACCCGCGCUUUGAGAAAGCCAACGAGAUAUACUUCCGCCUUGGUAUAAUAUACAAGCAACAGCAGAAGUUUCAGCAAAGUUUGGAGUGCUUCAAAUACAUUGUUACCGACCCUCCUCGACCUCUGAGUGAAGAGGACAUCUGGUUCCAAAUUGGUCAUGUGUACGAGCAGCAGAAAGAGUACGACUCUGCUAAGAGCGCUUACAUGCGCGUCCUUGACCGCGAUCCCAACCACGCCAAGGUGCUGCAACAACUUGGAUGGCUGCACCAUCAGCAAAGCACCAGCUUCAGCAGUCAAGAGCAGGCUAUAGAAUACCUGGAAAAGUCGGUCAAUUCCGACCAGACCGAUGCACAGAGCUGGUACCUCCUUGGUCGCUGCUACAUGUCGCAGCAGAAGUACCCCAAGGCAUACGAGGCUUAUCAGCAAGCCGUCUACCGUGACGGCCGCAACCCCACCUUCUGGUGCUCGAUUGGUGUCUUGUACUAUCAGAUCAACCAGUAUCGCGAUGCUCUGGAUGCUUACUCGAGGGCUAUCCGCCUCAAUCCCAACAUCUCAGAGGUUUGGUACGAUCUCGGCACACUGUACGAGUCCUGCAACAACCAGACCAACGACGCUCUCGACGCCUACUCUAGAGCCGCUGAGCUCGACCCGACCAACGUGCAUAUCAAGGCUCGCCUCGCCCUGCUCAAGGGUCAGCCAACCAACGGUCUUCCCAACCAAGCGGGCGCUCCGCUUCCUCAAGAUGUGCCUCCUCAAGCAUACCAGCCAGGCGCUCUGGGCGCUGGCCCUCCUGCUCCUCAAUGGGGAGCACCUCCUCCCGGCCAAGCUCAAGCUGCUCAACAGCCUCCUCCAGGUGCAGACUGGUCCCGUAACAACCGUCUUGCCGACCUCCAGAACCCUCAAAACCCUGGUUCCCAGCCCCAGAUGCUGAACCCGUAUGAUUCGAGGGAUCGCCUUGCUCAGCACGUCCCUCCCCGCCAGCCUACGCCUCCAAAGCAAGAGCCUAGGCAAUAUCAGGAUCAGCCCCAGCCUCAACGUCCUCCUCCUCCAGCCCACAGAGGUCUUUCGCCUUCACCCAAGGUGCUUUACAAUGCUCCGGGGCCUGGUGCCUACCCUCCGGCACCCCAAGCUCAGACCCCUUCCCAGCUUCCUCAGCCCCUUCCACAGCAGCAGGGACCGGCUCCACCCAACCGCAUUGCCAACCCUAACUAUGGCCCGCAAUCAUCUAGUGUACCUCCUCCAGCUGCAAGCAUGGGUGCACCUCCACCAGCCCAGGGACAAGCUCCUGGCUACCCCAACAGGAUGGCUAGUCCUCCUGAAAUUCGUCCAAUCAUUGAGAACCAAAACACUUCUCCUAAUGGCAAGUUCGGCCGUCAGCCUUUUGAACACCACCCUACAUCUGGUACGCCUAGCAUUGCUGGAGGUGCUCCUCCACCCAAUGCAGCUUUGCAGGCAGCUGAGGCAGCAGCCAGAGAGCGCGAAGAUCGUCCUUCAACCGCUCCCCCCAAGAGACACAGAGAGUGGGAAGAUGACGCCUCUAGCAUGAGCUCCCAGAAGAAGCCCGCCAACGAAGAGAGUCGUUCGCGUCUGGAAGAUCCCAGCAGCAGACGUGCUUCGCCGCCAGACCGUAUGGACCGCAUUCCGAAGUCACCAUAUAGAAGCCCCUCAGAGGUGCGACGUGCAGAUGAUCAGCGUCGUGCCACUGAGAACUACCACCCUUCUGAAGCUGCUCACCACCCACCAGCCCUUGGACCCUCUCAGGUUAACCCCCAACCCUCUCCUCGCAUUGGAGCAACAGACGAACGCAAGGAACAGCCUACGCCAGUACCCUCUGCUCAACAGCUUGCUCCACCUCCUCAACCUCAACCGCAACCUCCUACUCAAGCUCCGACGCCUGUCCAAACUCAGGCUCCACCACAACCUCAGCCUCAACCUCAACAGCCUCACCUGGAGCCAGCGGCUCGCAAGAUGGACAUGGAUGAGGAUUAUGAUGAUAGUGGUGACGAGGAGAAGAGGCCCGUUAAGCCUCAAAGUGAAAGAAAUAGCCCCAAGGCAAGCAAUGGCGCUGGUCACGAUUGA